CGGGGCUCGGGAGCUGGGCCGGGCCGGGCCUCCGCCUGCUGCGCCCCAGCCCCGCGAGCGCCCGGCACGGCGGCCGCCGACGCAGCAGCUGUGUGGGCUCGCGCGGCCCCGGAGCGCGCGGGGGCGCGGGCGGCGCGGGCGGGCGCUGCGUGAGAGCGUGCCAGGCGGCGCGGGGCAGGCCGCACCCGCGCCGGGCCGCCCCCCGGCCGCCCCCGGGCCGCGCAGCCCCCCGGCGCGGGCGAUGCCGCCGCGCUGACCCGCCCGCCAUGGAGAAGCCCCCGGGCGCGGCGGCGGCGGCGGCGGCGGCGGCGGCGGAGGAGUUGAGUCAGGUGCCCGACGAGGAGCUGCUGCGCUGGAGCAAGGAGGAGCUGGCGCGGCGGCUGCGGCGCGCCGAGGGCGAGAAGGUGGGCCUCAUGCUGGAGCACGGCGGCCUGAUGCGCGACGUGAACCGGCGCCUGCAGCAGCACCUGCUGGAGAUCCGCGGCCUCAAGGACGUGAACCAGCGGCUGCAGGACGACAACCAGGAGCUGCGCGAGCUCUGCUGCUUCCUGGACGACGACCGGCAGAAGGGGCGCAAGCUGGCGCGCGAGUGGCAGCGCUUCGGGCGCCACGCGGCGGGCGCCGUGUGGCACGAGGUGGCCCGCUCGCAGCAGAAGCUGCGCGAGCUCGAGGCGCGCCAGGAGGCCCUGCUGCGCGAGAACCUGGAGCUCAAGGAGCUGGUGCUGCUGCUGGACGAGGAGCGCGCGGCGCUGGCCGGGGGCGCGGGGGGCGCGGGCGGCGCGGGCGGCGCGGGCUCGCGCAGCUCCAUCGACAGCCAGGCCAGCCUGAGCGGGCCGCUGGCGGGGGGCGCGCCGGGCGCGGGGGCCCGCGACGUGGGCGACGGCAGCAGCACGUCGAGCGCGGGCAGCGGCGGCAGCCCGGACCACCACCACCACGUGCCGCCCCCGCUGCUGCCCCCCGGGCCGCACAAGGCCCCCGACGGCAAGCCCGUGGCCACCCGCCGGUCCCUGGACGACCUGUCGGCGCCCGCGCACCAUCGCAGCAUCCCCAACGGCCUCCACGAACCUUCGUCCUCCUACGCGCGGCCGCUGGAGCCCAAAGGGAAGGUGCUCGAGGGUGACAAGCUCCUCCCACAGGCCGGCCCCGGAGAGUACCGCACGCUGCGGAAAGGCUUCUCCCUGUACCACUCGGAGUCCCAGCUCGCCGCCCUGCAGCAGCCCUACGCCGACCCCCUGCAGAACGGCCCAGCCUAUGGGGCUCCCGAGCUGCCGUCGCCCCCUUCUGCCAGCCACAGCUCAGUGGGCCGGAAACCCGAGGCUGUCGUGAACGCCAUGAAGGUGCUGGAGGUGCACGAGAACCUGGACCGGCAGCUGCGCCCGUGUGAGGAGGACCUGAGCGAGAAGGAGAAGGCCAUCGUGCGCGAGAUGUGCAACGUGGUCUGGAGGAAGCUGGGGGACGCCGCCAGUUCCAAGCCGUCCAUCCGGCAGCACCUGUCUGGGAACCAGUUCAAGGGCCCCUUGUAGCCCCUUGGCGCCCGCCAGGCCCGGGGCCCGGGGCGCGGCCCUCUCCCGUGACCUGUACAGAAGACGGACGGGCCCGGGUCUCGGCAGCCGGGGUGAGCAGUCCAGUCUGCCCAUUGGCCCCACCUGCACCUCCGGGGUCCCCUUGACCUGCUGCCCAGUGCUGGGGCGUCUGUUCCCUGGAGGGUGACCUGCCCUGCCAUCACUGUGGACAGAGCCUUGUGGCGGGGUGACGGGUCCGCUUCCUCUGAGGAUCCCGCCCGGCUCUGCCAUUCCCGUGCUGUGUGACCUCCAGCCUGCACUUGGCCACUCUGGGCUUUUCCGCGCUCAGCCGUGCUCACGGGGUGGGACCCUGGGCCGAGGCCCAGCCCGAGUCCUGCCUCUCGCCCCUGGGAGGCCUCCAUUCAGGGCAGAGGCCUGCAGUAUAGGACGGCCGUGUGUCCAUCGGUGCGUGAGGCCCAGGCCCAGCGGGGCGCCCCACUCCGUGCCCUGGCCCCCCAGGCGCUCAGCAUCUCCCUUCCGAGCGCCCUGGCCACUGCCCUCAGGGGCUGCUGCCUCCCCAGAGAGCCCAGCGGGCACCCCUGCAGGAAAGGGCGUCCCCUCCCCUCCCCUCCCGGCUGGUGGAGGCUGCGGUGUGGCCGCCCAGAGGCAAGCAAUAAGGGCUCCCUGGCCUCCCGCCUCAGCUCGGAGGGCGCCCCAUGGACCCCUGCAGCCCCCCCCCCCCCGCCCUCCCCAGCAGGGCUGCCUGGGAGCCGGGCGGGACGGGCCCUCCAGCUGCCGCAGUCCCUUUGCCUGGCCCUACUCCGAUGGCCGGCAGGGCUGGACGCCCCUUCCCCAGCCCGUCCCUUCCCCGGCCCGUCUUCACUCCCACUGUGACAGCGUCCCCCACGGGCCUUGGAAGCGGCUCAACCGUUUCCAACCUUUUCAUCCAAAACUUCGAGCUACACAUCAGUGUUGAAAGAGGAGAAAGUGACCUUUCAUUCUUUUUUUCCUUGCAAACUUGAGCGCAAUGAAAUACUACUGAGUUUUUGUUUCCCGAGGACCGAGCUAAGGCAGGAAGCCGAGAGCUGACUCGGCCGGGGUGCGGGUGCACGUGCUGCUCUGAGGGGCGGAACGGCUGGUUCCUGCCCGGGCCGCAGCCUGCACUCGUUUCUGUUGACUGUGACCAGGGCCAGAGCAGCCCCUGCCCGGCUCUGGGCAGCACCAGGAGCUGGGUAGCCCCGGGCCCAUUUCUACCUUCUGUUGAACCACUUUGAUUUGGGGAGAGAAAAAAAGAAAUAGAACUUUUUGAUAGUGUGGUAAAAGCAUUGAUCUGAACUAUUUUAGUAAGGAGUCAGAGACUGUGAUAGCGUCUACUUUGUGCUAGAUAAAUAAAGGCUCUUCGCAAGCCUG